CCCGGAAGAGCGAUGCCCAGAUGUGGACUUUUUUCUUUCUUUCUGGCCGCUCUUUCCUUUACAGGCUGUAGUUUUCGAAUGUUCUGGAGGCGUUUUGUCGCAUUGGUCCCCCGCACUUUCUGUUCUCCGUGCGCAACUGCGUGGUGCGGAAAACACCUUCCGGAUAGUCAGAUACGCUGGGCGGAAGAUAAGGUGGAGUUACUCCUUAUAAUCUGGAUCAACCUAAGUUCUGGGGACUUCGGCGAACGAGUUUCAGGAAGCUUCCCCGGAAAGUUUGGGCUCAUUUCAUCGGUAACUAUAGGGCUAUUACUUUAAAGUCGCACAAAUCUCACAAGGUUUAUCGGUCUGUUUGGUGAGGCAGGCUGGUCAUCUGAGAAGAGGAACAGGUGGUUCUCAUUUUCAGUGGCUCCUUUGGGGGAACAUUUGGAUGAAGCCAUGACAAGAUGGGCUCGAGCAAGGGUCACACAUAACAAGAAGGCCCUAGAGGCAACACCAUGGGAUGAUCUGAAAAAUGGGGCUGCUGGAACCGUAGAAACAAAUAAAAAGCAGAGCUCUUCAGAUAUAUUUUCUUUAAAGAACAACCAAAUGAAAAAGAAGAAUAAGAAGAAAAAGGACUACCUGAAUGAAGAUGUCAAUGGCUUUAUGGAAUACUUAAAACAGAACUCACAGAUGUUGCACAAUGGACAGUUGAUCGAUAGUCAUCAGGCAAAAGAAGAAAUAGCAACAGCUUUGAAAAAGGACAAGCGGCGAGAACAGAGGAGAGUGAAGCGCCAGGAAAUUAAGAAGAAUAUAAUGGUAUGCUUCCACUGUCGAAAACCAGGCCAUGGGGUUGCAGAUUGUCCAGCUGUCCUUGAAAGCCAAGACAUGGGAACUGGAAUUUGUUACCGAUGUGGCUCCACUGAACAUGAAAUUAACAAAUGCAAAGCAAAAAUAGAUCCAGCUCUUGGGGAAUUUCCAUAUGCAAAAUGCUUUAUUUGUGGGGAAAUGGGCCAUCUCUCAAAGUCAUGUCCUGAUAAUCCUAAAGGACUUUAUGCUGAAGGAGGAUCUUGUCGGAUUUGUGGAUCUGUGGAGCACUUUAAAAGAGACUGUCCAGAAAAUCAAAACUCAGAUCGAGCAGUAACUGUUGGUCGGUGGAUGAAAGGAAUGAGUGCAGAUUAUCAAGAAGUUCUAGAAAAUCGUGGACCACAAAAAGGAAAACCAAAAGUACCUAAGAUCGUUAACUUUUGACCGCUCUUCUUCUUUAUAACUACUUCUCAAUAUAUGACUUAAAAUAAAAACUGUAAGCUUUUGGAGAUCUCAAAAUGACACAUUGUUUUUUAAGUAUUGAUCUAGUGAUAAAAUCCACCCUAAAUGGAAAGAGCCUGGGGAAGAAUGAAAAGCCUUUAAAUAUGAUAUGCUAGAAAUUGUUUAAUUGGCCCAUUAGCUUUGAACUGGAAGGAAAUCUUUCCAAAUAUUACAUAAUCACUCGGCCAAUUUAACCCAAUUUAGACCACAACUGGAAUUGGAAUUUUGGUUGCUCAGUUAUGCCAUUAAGUGAAUAUUUGCUUAUGAAAAAUGCAAUUUCUAAAUAAAUGAUGGCUCAGAAUGU